AUGGACAAGUCACCACAGCAACAAAAGAAGGACUUAAUCACCAAGCUCGGUAAAACUGGUGGCAAAGAAUUCGAGAAAGAUGUACAAGACCUCCUGAGUGCCAAACCUUCCGAGCAAAUCAUCCCUAGGCUGUGGACAAGGACCGAUUUGAUGCGUGAUUUCAGAAAAGAACUCGAAAAGAGUUCUGAUGGCGUAGAAUUAAAAGCCACCUUUUUCUCCGCAGCUCUGUCUAAAGCUAUUGAGAAAGUCGCCAGUGGGGGAGCCGGUGAUCCUACCGGCCUCAUUGAUCAGGCGACAGAUUUCGUCCUCGACACAGUUCAGAAGCGAGGUGUUGGUGAGGUUGUUGGCUACGUCGUUCAGAAAGAUUUUGAAAGCAAGGCGGCAAGGAAAGCAAUGCGUAGCUUCGGAACAAAAUUCAUCCUCAUGAGCAUCGCCCUUGCCAAGGGCACCGCUCUCACGCCCGCCGCUCCAGUUGGCAUGAUCAUCACGUACAUCUUGUAUCUGCACGAAGCGGCGAAAGAAAAGCAAGAUAAUUGGAACAAAGAACUCGCAAAGGUUCUGGACGAGCGCCUGGAAACCAUCCGAGCCAAUGCCCAGGCCAAGCUCGAUGCCAAACAUGAGACGCAGAUUAGGAGAUUUCUGUUGUCUAACAUCGCGCACGAGACCGAAGAUAGCUCGCCUUUGGGCAAGUACAAGAACUUUACCCUCAGUAUCGGGGACGCCGCGCAGAUUCGCGACAACAUCAGAGCCAACUUGGCCAAUGCAGUCACCAAUGCUGAUCUGAUCCUGAUCGCCUCGCAGCUUGGCCUCAAGACUAGCAAGACCCAGACGCUCACUUUGACGGAAGGGCAGAUUGAGAAGUUGAAUGCCUUCGCUCAGGAUAUUAAGGAUGCUGACUUCCAUAUCGAUGUGAUGGAUGAAAAGUUAUACUGA